AUGGCGAGGAGUAAAGGUGGCCGUCCCUUGGAUGGAAUGGCUGCUUUGGCUGCCCAGUCAGGCAGCUUUCCUACAGCAGCCCCAGCAGCAGUGCCGGAUGCUGCUUCAAAAGCGGCCAGCACGCCUAAGGCAGCAUCCCCCGUGGCACCGCAAGCAGCCGCAACAAUCACACUGGCCCCUGCCCGGGCCAAUUCGGGACAGGGGAAUUUGUCCAGCCUCAAUGGAACAAUCAGACAGAUCCAGGAACCUGCCCCUGCAUCGAAUGCCCAUGGUGCCCAAGUGGCCGCUGAAGCCAAGCCAGUGGGCGAUCGCAACUUGCGCUCCCCCAGCCUGGCACCGGCUUCCCCUCCCUUACAGGGUGCCGCAGCGCAGGCUUCCGAAGGCACCGCCCCGUCGAUCGACAAGGAAAGGAGCCCAAAGCCAAGCCAAAUGCCAAGGCCUCCGGCGGAUCUGGCCGCGCCGACUGCACAAGCCAGCACGCCAGCCGGAGCAACACCGCUGCCGUCAAGGGAUGGCAUGUCCCCAACCUCUGCAGCACCAAUCCAGCAGCUUCGAGAGCAGCGUCUGGCUCCCCCCAGCGCAAAGCCAUCUCUUCCUGCGGUUGCUACUGCCAGCGGUCGACCGCCAGCCAAGCCGCAGCCAGCAGAAACAGUGACGGCUGUAGCGGAGACAGGGGGGAGUGUAUCUGCCAGCCUUCCCGUCGCAGAUGCGGCGUUGUCUGCCAGCCCCUAG